AGCAGAUUGGGCUGAAGCCAAGUUGACACCCUCGCACCUCCCUCCACAGAUGACCAAGUUUGAACAAGCCCGGGCUGCCCACAACGCCACCAAAGCGAAGUGGCAGCGUGCGAGAGAGCUAGCUGCGCAGCAUCUCGAGGAAAGGAAACAGCAGAAAAUACUCGAGCAGGAGCAACGCAGGUCGAGCAAGGCAUCCACAAUGUCAGCUAUGUCGUCAGCUGAUUCACAACUACCAGAACCACAGCGUGGCGAAUGCGAAAGAACUGAGAGGCGACCCAGCAAGUCUGAAGCUCUUGAGUUUAAACCCAGAGACCGUCGUAGAUCAAGCAAGACGUCGGAAUCCACGCGUGAGAGUGUCAGCUCUGAACAUCGUAUUCCAGAAGGCGUCGAGGAUCCGCGUGGUUAUUUGUGGAAGCUUGGAUAUUGCCGUGGUCCCCCGCAGCCUGAACUUACAAUCUGUGUCGGUGAUGAGGAGGAAAAUCACACGUGGAAUCCUAUAAGUGCCGGUGAGGAUAUGUACAAUCUGAAAUGCAAGUUGGUUUGGGCGUGCCCGACGGAUUACAGAGUCAGCGAGUGGACCUGCAAGAAGCGCUUGUCCGAUUUGAGAAGUAAAAUUCAUGAUCACGUCAAAAAGGAUCUUGGCGCAGAAUACCGCACCUACUUCCAGGAUGCGCGGUUUGCGCAUCAUGGAGGGCUCCCUGGGACCAGAAAGAGGCUGGAUGCCUGGUUUGCCACCUUAGCGGCCAUCGCAAAUGAAGGACAGUUGAGGAACGAUCUUCUUGCUUUGUUGUUGGACCAAUUGGAGGCACGUUUCACUCGGCUCUGAGAGAUGCGACGACUCGAACCAUUGCCACGGAGUUUCCUCACAUCUUAGCAGGGUGGGGAGGACUGUGAUGCUGCAAUGCCAAGGCUCCAAUACCACAGAAGGUCUCAGAAGAAAUCGAACAACUGCGGACUGAACUGCAGAAUGCCGCAAAAGUGACAAAUCCUGAUGAUGAGAUUCGAAUUGAGCAGCAUUUGCCAGAACCAGAGGUGGCACGUGUCUCGUUUGCAAGAGACGUGGGGUUAUCAUGUGCUCAACGCAACUGUUGAAAUGUCCAGACUUUAAAUGUAGAGUCAAGAUGCAAAUCCGGUAUGUCGCAGAGUCCUGAACCUUUUGCUAUCAGCAAAGCUCACCAUUCACUGGCCCAGGGCCUCAUAUAGCUGUCGAGCACCUGGUGGUGGCCUUGUGAUGCAGCGCAAGGAAUGUUUGGACCCAGUGCUUUGAAGUCCUGGCUCUGCCAUACGUGCAGAAACAGUGAAGCUGUGGGACUUGUUUAAAGAGUCCAGCACUCCGCGCAACAGUGCCCAUAUACGUUAAACA